AUGCUGGUGAUUAGUUACCCAACUCUGGAGAGCAUCUACGAAACCCCCGAGGGCGACAGCCCGGCGGAGCGCAUAUCCCGCGCCCGCCAACCAACCGUGCGCGGCGUUGCAACGUCUGGGCAUGGGAAGGUUAGUGACUUGCCACUAGCCUUCCAGAUCUCACUGACCCCCGACGAAAGGGGCACGAGUCUUGGGAAAGCCCUCUCUCCCUGGCCUGAUUCGACCAGGGUUCUCCCAGUGGCGGGCUUCGGUUGA